GUCUGCGACCGGAAAUUGUUAUGGAAAUUUGUUCGCGGGCUCUAUCAUUUUGGACGUAUCAAACAACUCAGGAGGCAUGCUUUCAAGAAAUGAUGUACAAGAGUCUGGAAGACAAGUAUACGCAAUUGGAGAAGCAAGUACAGGGAGUAGUGAGAGAUGCUCAAGCCGAAAUCACAACUUUGACGAAAGAUAUAGAACUUGAAAAGCGGAAAACUCAUGAUUUAGCAGAACAACUACAGGAGAAAGGAAGACAAUUUUCAAAAUUACAGGUCAUGUAUGAUAAAUUAAAGCGUCGUUCACUAGUUCCUACGAUGCAACAAACAGUAAAUAGUACCGCUGGCAAUGUUACCGGCGGCGGAAAAAUGAGUUUUCCUAAUUUGCAGCAACCUGGAAUGCAACGUCUGUACGGAGAAAAU